GUCAAAUAUGUUUUGCAUUAAUUUAUUGUUUAUUGCCGAUAGCCGGGCUGACUUUGCUAAACACCAUUCCGUAUAUAUAUACUGAUAUACAAAUACACACGCACACACACACACACAUAUAUAUUUUCAGGCAAAACUAAUUAACGCUGGCCACCACAAUAAGCUUUCUAUUUAUUCAAUUUCCUAGUAAAUUAAUUAAAAUGUCUAUAUAUAUAGCUGCAAAUUCAUUACCUCGAUUCUCUAUAACCAAACCUUAUGAUUUUGGAUCUAAACUCCCUUCAUUUUUCACUAAUUAUCAACCCACGCAGCUUUCCAUUAACCGACGUCGUUUUGUAACGUAUUUGUUGAGCCCGGAGGAUGAAACGACAGCGAGAAAUCCGGGGCUCCGAAGUGACCCGCCGGAUGAAGAAACAAAAGGAUUCGUUUUGCAGCAAACGAUGUUUUUGAUUAAAGAUCCGACAGCCAGUCUUAGGUUCUACUCCGUAGUUCUUGGAAUGUCAUUGCUUAAGAAAUAUGAUUAUCCAGAUAUGAAACUUAGCUUGUACUUUAUGGGCUAUGAGGAUACCUCAUCAGCUCCUACUGAUCCGGUUGAGCGUACUGAAUGGUUAUUUGGAAAGAGGGCUAUUAUUGAGCUUACACACUACUGGGGCACGGAGACUGAUCCUAAUUUUCAAGGUUACCACACUGGGAAUUCGGAACCUCUAGGAUUUGGUCAUAUUGGUAUCACAGUUGAUGAUAUACAUAAAGCCUGUAGUAGAUUCGAAAAGUUUAAUGUUCCAUUUGUUAAAAGGAUCGAUGAAGGUAAAUUUAAAGGGAUCGCAUUCAUUAAAGAUCCCGAUGGUUACUGGAUUGAAUUAUUUGACUGUAAAGGCGUUACUGAUUUAGCCAGGGCUGAUACUCCAAAACCUUAGUAAAAGGUAAUUCCCAACGGCUAUAGGAAUGAGAUGUAUUACUAAAUUAUUGUCUGAAAAAAGCAAUUAUAGAGUAUCUAAAAACUUGUCAAAUGUUGUAUUGGUUUCGUGAUAUUAACUUUGACAUAUUAACUUAAUUAUCUAA